CGCUUAUUCGGGCGAUUUUAUCGCUCUAGAUAAGGUUGUAAACUUUGUCUCUCCGUCGUACAUACAGUAGGCUAGGGGCUAUUUCUUCUUAGUGCAAAAUUUUCUUCGUGUUCUGCAAUGGCACAAUCAGGCUUGUCUCGGAAGGAGAAAAUCCAAUUGUGGUGGGGACUUACGAGGAAAUAUGUCUUCAUUGCUUUGGUUCUUAUAACAUUAUGCCCGAUACCAAUAAUUAUAAACACCCAGAUGGGAUAUGUGGCCUUCACCAUCUUCUUGAUGGGAACCUUCUGGGUCACGGAAGUGAUACCCUUACCAGUCACGGCACUCAUCCCGAUAGUUCUCUUCCCUCUCUUUGGUAUACGUGACUCGCCUACCGUCGUAGAGCAGUAUUUUAAGGAUGUCACCUACAUGGUCUUUGGGGGUCUAAUCCUCGCUGCCGCCAUCGAGCACCAGAACCUUCAUCGUCGCUUCGCUCUUCGGGUCUUGCUCCUGUUUGGAACGGAUUCGAAGAGGUUGUUGCUGGGUUUCAUGAGUGGUACAGCCUUUUUGUCUUCAUGGAUGAGUAAUACAGCCGUGACAGCCAUGAUGCUUCCUAUUGCUCGAGCCGUGCUCGAUGAGAUAAAAAAACAGGACAACAACGGCGAGCAUGAGAUGGAGUGCGACCUCGGAGAAAACAGAGAAUACAAGCCCAACAACCAAACUGAUUUGCCUCCUGAAAAGCAAAUAAAAGGAAACAGAAACGGCCAAGAAUUACAAAGCAGGGAAGAAAUGGAUUCAGUGGUCGAUCUUCCACCAAGCCGGUCCUCGGAUGAUCAAGACAAGCGCCAUCUACGUCUGUGCAAAGCUAUUUUCCUUUGCAUUCCCUAUGCUGCCAAUGUAGGUGGGACGGGAUCUUUAGUUGGUACCCCAGCGAAUGUAGUCUGCGUUGCUGUUGUUGAAAGUCUAUUCGGUAAGGACACGGGUCUCAACUUUGGCACUUGGACUCUCUACUGUUAUCCACAGAUGAUUGUAUGUGUUUUACUCAUAUGGGUUUGGCUCCAGUUCAUGUAUCUACCAUGGAACAGUUUCAGAUGUAAGAGUAACAGAGAGAGCGCCUCCAAAUCCAAAGAGAUUAGAAAAGUAAUACAGCGAGCAUAUGACGAUCUCGGUCCUGUGAGAUUUGCAGAAUGGGCUAUCUUAGCACACUUCGUGAUCAUUAUAACACUCUGGAUUACCCAAGAUCCCAAGGUCUUUCCUGGCUGGGCAUCUUUAUUUCCUCCUGGCGUCAAAAGUUCAGCGCCGACCAUAUUGAUCGCCAUUUCUCUCUUUUGUUUCCCAUCUGAGCGACCUCUACGUCUGAUAAGAAUCAGGGACCGCCAAAUGCAUGAAUCAGCCAAUAGUCAUCUAGAAAGAAUCGUAGCAAACGGUGAAAGUGCAAGUGUUGCUGGCGGUAAUAGUGAUGAAGACGAUAUCGAUGGUGACAAUGGGCGUGAAAGUCGCCCCAAAAUAGCCAAAGUGAAGUGCAUCCCCGCGCUCAUCAACUGGGAAAUCGUACACGAGAAGAUACCAUGGGGUGUGCUCAUUGUUGUAGGCGGAGGAUUCGCCCUAGCAGAUGGAUGUGUAGAAUCUGGACUAUCAUUAUGGUUAGCCGAACAGUUUGAAAUCUUUUACGGGAUACCUCCACUUGCAGUGGCUUUCAUCACAGCCAUUAUACUCUCAGUCCUAACAGAGCUUACUGCCAAUGUUGUCACCACGACCAUCUUUCUUCCUAUUGUUGCAGAGAUGGCCGUCGCGAUGAGGAUAAAUCCGUUAUAUCUGAUGCUUACUACGACUAUCUGUGCCUCCUUCGCCUUCAUGCUUCCUGUAGCUACCCCGCCCAAUGCCAUAGCAUUCGCCAACAAGGAAAUCACCGUCAUUGAUAUGGUAAAAACAGGCUGUCUCCUAAACUUCACGUGUAUCUGUAUACUGCUGCUUUUCAUGAACACACUCGGUCGGUUGAUUUUCGACAUCGCACACUUUCCCGAUUGGGCCAAUAACACCAUGAAUGCCAUGGCAACAGAUAAUAUCUUCCAUAACUCUACAUCGGUGCCGUUUUGAGAUAAGACCCUGUUGAAGAAAAAUUUGAGCUGAAAAAAAGACAAAAGAAAGAAAUUGCAUCAGUAUACUUAUCUUUCAAAAUAAAGUCUUUCGAAUAUCUUUAUAAUAGGAUAAUUUUCUUCGUUUUCAGUGUAUCCUCUUGUUUGAAAUUCCAUACUAUUUUCUAUAAUUUGAGUGAUAUUGCUUUUGAAUGGCAUCUGUUUGUUUCAAAAGACACUAGCCGCCCUUUCACACGGUAAAAAAAACGCAAUUCGAAUGAUUCCAGUGAAGAAUAAGGCUAUAAUAACAAUUGUUUUUUUAGCACGUGUGAAACCAAACUAGAACAUGAUUAGAAUCACGAGCGCUAAUCACAAUCACAAGGUUAGUCCAGAUGCUGGCCCUUCCAGAUUUGUUUUCCUUCCACUCUCUGCGCACCACCCACUGCUCGUUUUCCUCCAAACUGUACUUACCCAGUGAUCGCGCGGGUAAGUGCAGUUUGGAGGAAAACGUGCAUUGGAUUGUGCGCAGAGAGUGGAGGAGAUAAAAAUCUCGAAGGGCCAGCAUCUGGACUACUCCGGAGAUGAAUUCCAAUUAAACUUCACUCAAAUUAUGGUACGGAUUUUGCGUGUAAAAGGCUUGACCUCCAAAACGUCUUUUUGGGGGGCGGAGCCUACGUGACUUUUCAAGCAUUUCCGUAGAUAAAACAGUUGUCACGCACUCAUUGCAGGUUGUAUUUGCGAUGCAGUGCUUUGAUUGGCAAUUAAGUCACCAAUGACAUAUACCGCCAUCGCUCGGGAAUUCGAAUUCAAAUCAGUUCGCGAGCCGCGGGCGAGCGUGUGAAAGGUCCGAUGAUUCUAAAUACGAAUUGCAAUCAUCAUUACAAUGAUAAUUAUCUCAAGAUUCACGUGUGAAAAGGCCCUAGGUUAUUUGCACCCAAUAGCUUCAGUUUCUGUGAUCACACCUCUCCAACCAUUGUCUUAUGUUACUCGGUCAAGUCGCUCCGAGAUCCCUUCUCACUACCUUCCUUCAUUGGGUCAGCAGAAAUAAGAAUCUUAUGAAAAUCCCUGUUCUUUAAUUAUAAAUGAUGUUUGUUGAUGUAUUCUAGAUUUCAUUUUCUGGAAUUUGUUUAGCUCCUCAAAUUUUCCAUAUGACUCAUUUUACAUCUUUUGUUCUCUUCUUAAUUGAACAUGAUUUUUAAGUAUUAUAAUUUUAAUAAAGCAUGAAGAUAUAGAAGCUCAUGGUAAAUAUUUUUUCUCUUUUGAUUCUCAUUUAAUUUCGCUCGAAUCUGAUCCAUCUGUAGCAUUGUUUAACCUUUUUAGCAGUUGAGAGUGAUGGGCUAGUGUAGUAUGUUAACAUUUGUGAAACCUUUUGGAAAGAACGUGUAUCCAAUAUACCCACUUCUUUAUUGAAUUAGAACGUGUUUCUUUUCAUGUAAAUGUUUUUUUUUUCUUAAUCAGAAAAUACUAUUACUUUAUAUACUGUGUAGUACUCAGAUACAUAUUAUUCAGUUCAAUUGGUAGAAUGGUAGUCUCGUUAUUCAGCCACCUAGGAUUUAAGCAAUUCAUGGCCCUUUGACCAGUCAUUGAUCCUCAUGGGGGGAUGCAGACUGCCAUAUGUUCUCCGGUUGAUUUUCAAAUAAAAGUUUAUAAAUCAAUGAUAGAUACUCAAAAUAUAUUGCAGUUUGUGAUCUUUUCUAGUGUAUAA